AUGUCCAUGACUUGCAACCCAAGAAAUAAUGAUACUCACCCCUCUAGUAUCAUUCGUUUCUUUAAGAUUGUUACCCCAACAAAUCUUCAAGAUGGAAACAUUAGAAUUCCAAACGCUUUCACUAAGAUACAUAGUGGUAAUAUUUCAAACCCAAUGUUUCUCAACACUCCAGAUGACAAAAAAUGGGAAAUACAUUUGACUAAAGAGGAUGAUAAUAUUUGGAUUCAAAAAGGUUUUAAGGAAUUUGCUACACAUUAUUCAUUAGAUUAUGGACACAUGGUGAUGUUUCAAUAUGAGAAAAAUUCUCAUUUUAAUGUUCACAUAUUUGACAAGACUACUCUUGAAAUUGAAUAUCAUGCUUAUGGUGGAAAUCAACAACAUCAUGAACAGAAUAGCCCAAUUGAAAAUUUUGAUGAGCAACUUCCAUGCAAGAAGGCUAGACAAAAAUCACAAAUUUGGAGUCCUCAACCAUAUAAGAAAUUGAGAUUUGACACAAGUGAAGAUGCUGGAACAAGUUCCAAAGUGCAUAACUUGCCUAAACUUGUCCAAGUUAAAGAGGAGAAUGAUGAUACCGCUGUAUUCCGAAAUAUGAAGCAUGAUCAAGAGCACAAGAAUUUAACUUCUAAAAUAGAAGAAGCUUUAAACAAAGCGAAAAACUACAAAUCUAACAAUCCAUUUUUCACAGUUGUCAUGACAUAUUCUUAUGUUAAUCAAUACAUGUACGUCCCUUUAGAUUUUGAUCAAAAGAAUUUGAAGGAAGAGCAAAGCGAAAUCGUACUUCGAGUCUUGGAUGAUGAGAGAACUUGGAUUGUUAAAUAUUGUCAGAGAAGAAUUAGUACUGGAUGGAAAACAUUUGCAUCUGAUAAUAAUUUGAAAGUGGGAGAUGUUUGUCUUUUUGAGAUGAUCAAUAGCAAAGCCUAUGCUUUUAAAGUACUAAUUUUUCGACUUGACGAAGAACAACAUUCCUCUCCACCACAAGUUCAUGGAGAUGAAGUUAAUUGGUUAGAAACCGCAGGAAUCACAGAAGUUGAAAGUAAAACUAUUAUGUCAAAUAAAGGAAGCAUGGCAACUCAAAGAAAUUCACUGCAGGCUAGUCCAAUGUCCUUCAAAAAUUCUGAAGCUAAGAAAGAAGCUAAUCAAUUCACAUCCACUUUGGAAAAUCCACAUUUCACCAUCAAAUUGAAAUCUAAUCAUUGGGAUGUUUACAAACCGCGUAUACAAAUGUCGUUCGCAAGGAAGUACUUGUGUCUUAAAGGGAAGAGUAUAAAGUUGCGGUUCGAUGAAGAAUUGUGGACUGUAAACUUGGCAUGUUAUCCCUCUGAACCAUCAAUCAAGUUGAGUGAUGGUUGGAGCCAGUUUGUAGACGAAAAUAAAUUGCAGGCUGGAGAUGUAUGUGUUUUUGAGCUUGUCAACGAGGAAGAUGUUGUGUUUGAUGUUCAUAUUUUCAGAGGCUGCAAUUAG